AUGGCUACAAUUAGCGACGACGUUGUCGUUACAUAUACAACAACAGGAUAUAACAAUAGCCAGCGGGCGUUCCAGUGGCUUCAGCACUUCAACCGCUACUCCUUUGCUAGGAGUAGCUCCUUUAAAGGCCAUACUAUCGAGAACUGGUUCGGCUACCCGGCUACAAUCACACGGGAAGGCUGGGAUAAGAGCAAUGGGGAACGGCGUACAUUCUACACUCAGAAGACGAAGACGGUCUUCCGGCUGCUCGUUAUGGAUGGAUUUGCUGCACACGAGGACCCUGAAUUUAUCUGGUAUUGCGAGAUGUUCGAGAUCGUACCGUUCAAGCUACCAUCGCAUACAAGCCACCUCCUACAACCUCUUGACGUUGGCGUCUAUCAACAUCUCAAACGUGCACAACAAGGAGCCUUAAAGAAGUUCGUUAUCGGUGGCGGCACACGCAUCUCGAGAUUCGACUUUCUCUGCCAAUGGAAUGAGCUAUUCAGCGCCGCGUUUAAGGCUUGUUAUAUCUUUGUGGGCUUUGAACAUUUAUACAGCAUCAGCAAGACCGUAUCCAGCGAGAGAGGCGCAGAACCAAGACCCUACGCCGAAUCCGAGGCGUUGACGAUGGCGCCUUUACGAUACAGCAACUACGAGAAAGCGGCCGCCCGGCAGCAAGAAGACCAAGAGGCUAGUGCCAAGCGUGCUCUUAAGGAUAGCGAGACUCAAUUUCGACAUCUCCGUGCUAUGGAUGCCGCACAAACAGCGUCACAGCCUCGUCUACGCGGUGGAGCCGCCGUGGCGGCGAAAGCAGUAGAAGAGGCCAAAGCGCUGGACUACGGCUACGGAGGGCUACCGGUAUUUCCUAUGGGCAACACACCUAAAGGCGAUCUCACAGCUCUUCCUGAUAUCGUGGCCUGGUCACAAGCUCAGGAGGAGGCGCGGGCACAAGCUGCUGCCAACGUGGCCGACGAAGACUCUGAUAUCGAUCAUGACUAUAUAUCUAUGCUGCUUUCUUCAGAGCCGGAUCUCGCGCCUAAUAGCGACGAUGAUGAGGAUGACAUUCAGAUCAUAACAACACAGCGCCAACGCCCGCGUAUUGCGAGACCACCACUAUCGCAGCUUCCACUCGAGCAGCUUCCGCCACGGCAGCCGGUGCAAUUGAACGAAGAAGACGAGGCGGCGAUCCAGGCCGAGCUCAAGGAGGAACGCGUUAUCGUGGGUGUAUACAGCGACGAGGAUGAUGAAGAAGAGGAUGAGCCGGAGGUUGUUAUAUAUGGUAGACGAAUUGUUGUACCAAAGACGCGCGUGCGUCAGGCCUAG